GAAAGGGAAAAAGAGAGAAAGAGAGAGAGAGAGAGAGAGAGAGGGGUUAUAGCCAGAGAUGGUUUAGUGCGUUUGAGAUGAUGCGACUGAUGUGCAUUUAGUUAUCAGUGCAUUUGCUGAGGUCCCUCUGUGUGUGUGUGUGUGAGUGUGGGAGAGAGAGAGAGGGAGAGGGAGGGAUAGAAGAUGCUUUAACCUCAACCAGCCACACACUCACUUGUUAUUUGACUGUAUUUUUUAAGAAGCAAACAGCAAAGGGGGUUAGGUAGGGAAGGGAGGGGAGGAGGGGGUUGGGGAGGAAUCUAAUAUGCUGUGUAUAUGCAUCUCUAUCUAUUACCAUUUAUGUAUCUGAGCAUCCAGAAAUGAAGACCACAAGGAAAUGCAGAGCUUUGCUGGCUGUGACCUUAAACUUAGUGGCUCUGUUUUUCUCCACCACCGCUUUCCUGACCACUUACUGGUGCGAAGGCACCCAACGUGUCCCCAAACCCAACUGCAGCCAAGCCAAGCAAGUCAACUGCAUCAACUUCAAUGGCAAUGGUACCACCACCAACAGCAGCACCAGCUCCAACCUGGUCCAUUACAGCUGGGAGACUGGCGACGACCGCUUUCUCUUCCGCCACUUCCACACGGGCAUCUGGUUAUCCUGCCAGGAGAACAUAGAUGGCACGGGUGAAACUUGCCAAAGUUUUAUUGACCUCGCUCCAGCAUCAGAAAGAGGUGUCCUGUGGCUGUCAGUCAUCUCCGAAGUCCUAUACAUUGUACUCUUAGUUGUUGGCUUCAGUCUGAUGUGUCUGGAGCUCUUCCAUUCAAGCAAUGUGAUCGAUGGGCUGAAACUGAACGCCUUCGCUGCUGUCUUCACUGUUCUAUCAGGACUUCUAGGAAUGGUAGCCCACAUGAUGUACACACAAGUGUUCCAGGUAACAGUCAGCCUGGGACCCGAAGAAUGGAGACCGCACUCAUGGGACUAUGGAUGGUCGUUUUGCCUGGCCUGGGGAUCGUUCACUUGUUGUAUGGCUGCCUCGGUCACCACGCUGAACUCCUACACGAAAACCGUCAUAGAGUUUCGGCACAAGCGCAAGAUCUUCGAGCACAGCCUGAGGGAGGAACAGACCUACAUCGACCGGGAGGCCAUCAACUAUUUUCGAGAGCGGUCGAUCCAGUCGGUUUCCAGCUCGGUCGAAGUCUUUCCCGAUCCAUCCCCAAGCACGGCAAAAUCACGGAUGCCAGAGACCUCCGUGGACUUGGGUGAAAUGUCAGAGAUAUUAAGAGAAGAACAGUGUUAAGGCCACUUCCAUUAAAGCUCCAUUUGAUGUAGCUGUUCAGAGAAGCAAUAUAUAUUUGCCGCAAAUCAUGUUUGUGCCCUAUCCAUGUGCACACGGUGAAGGAGAGCCGGCAAGUUUAGACAGCGCUAUGCCUUUUGUUAUCGUGCGUAGGUGGCAUUGAUGUUCAUGAUUAUCAGAGGGUCGGCAAAGCAAAUUAGACGCGUGAAACGUGAUGUGACGUAACAUUUCUACGUUUUUAAUAAGUUGCCAAAUAUUUUGUUAAUGAUGUGAAAAUAUCCAUUUGACUUCCAAAACAUGUGCGCACGUGAUAAUACAUCGUAGAGCUGAAGGUUUCAGGUACCGGUGUUGUAUCAUCACUUGUUGCUUCACCAUCUUCACAAUACGGGUUAAAAAUCAGGACCCAACUCCGUCCAAGCACUGGGAAGCAGAGGGGAAUCUGGUUCAUGUUGAAUGAAUGGAAUUGGCAAGAUUUAAGGGGCGGGAGGAUCUUUGAAGCUUUAAAACAUCAGAAGAUAAUGUACAAGAAAGCCUGGGUACAAGAAACACGGUAUAGAUGUGAUUGCUAAAUAGUGGGGACCCUUUGCGCACAGCAAAAGGGAUACUGUCUCUUGCACAUGCCAUCCAACAGACUUUGGAAAGGUAGAAGAGGAAGUGAAAGUAAUAACUGUCAGAUUAUAUAUAGCCGAGUUGUAUUGAAAUUUGUACAAAUGACCGAUUUUCUUUUCCCCCCCCUUUUGUUUUCUCAUCGAAUGAUACAGUCCUGUGAAACGUUGAAGACAGUUUGUAAAGAUUCUGAAACGCAAUCCUAAAUACUCGUUGCAAAGUCUAACGUCAGGGUUUGUGGCCGCGGUGAACCCAACCCCUUGAUAUACGUCACAGUUUGUGCUCAUCUUACAGAAUGUGUGAUGUGCUGAAAUCUCCCUUUAUUCAAGACAAACCGAAGAGCUGCCACAAAUCUGACCCCACUUGAUAUCCUCGUCCUGUAAGCGAUAUUCAAACCUAUCUACGAUUUAAUGCCAUUCGGAGGGAAUUCUGUUUAGUAUCUGUUGUCCAAGAUGAAUGCAAGAAAACCUUAAGUACGAGAAAAAGGGACACCUGCCAUAAAUUUUAAACCGCCAUAAAAAUGAGGUAAUUUGGAAGAAUUAAGUCGCUAUUAUGCAGGUGCAUGAUUGCUGUCACACGGGGCAAGAUGUUUCACAGCAGAAUGUAAAAAAAGAACAAUUCUUAUGGGUUCAAAGCCUAAAGCAUACGUACUGAUUCAGCAACAGAUAGUUGAAGGAUAAGCACAUUUUAAAGUGGAAAAUUGGGAGUGUCUUAUUUCCCUUUAAAGUCAACAGGUUUGUCAAGUUUGUAACUGGUUAACAUGCUAAUGAAUACCCAAACCACUCAUCUCACAAACAGUGCAGCUGAAAUCCUAAACUGAAAGGCUAACGCUGAAUAGGCUUUCAAACAACAUUUAUGCCGCAGGCCGAAGCUGUUCCCGAUUUAACCACAAACUACAUAAAUCCUUCUUGGCAGUGGCACAUUUGUUCCAUUUUCACUCGGAUUUGUUUUGCAUCUCGCACUUAUUGUUGUGGAGAAAGCCAGACAGGAAAUUCCACGCAAAAUGAGGAUUAAUGGGACCUGGGAUACCCGGUUCAUUGCACAGAGUAACCAGUGUAUGUAUAUAUGAAACGUUAUUGUUAAAAUCAUUUUCAAAUUGCAUAUUUCACUGUGGUGUCAACGUGAUUAAUUGUGGCUAUUUUUUAAAAGUUAAAUAAUAAUAAUAAUAAUAAUGAGAGCAUAUAUCAAUGUUAAAUAGCAGCAGCAGGUACUAUAUUAUAUUUUGUAAUUAUGAAAAUAGUUUUUCUACACAAUGGAGAUAGGAUUGUGUAUUCCACUAAAUUUAUGAAUUCAAGCUGUGGGAUUCUAUUUCUCAGGACUCCAGUUUGGCGAUUGCCAUUGAAUAAUAUUUUCCAAAGAGGAAAUUGGCGCGAAUACGAAUGUGAUUGGAAUGACAUUCGCAACAGAAAGUCACACGAGGACAAUUUGCAACGGGGUUAAUUGUUAUCAGCUUCCAAAGUGGAAUACAAAUGGCUUGAGAAAUAGAACUCAACAGUCUUGAAGACAUAAUUAUUGUUGAUCAGCUAAUUUAGCUACAGUUUAUUCAGUUAAAAAAAAAGUGGCAUAUGGAACAAACAUAUUGAAUGAAUUGAAUUCAUUUUUCAGUAGAUGCCUCUAUUUGCGAGAUUUUGUUUUUGGAAAAUGGUGAAAUUUUCUAGGGUAAUGCCUUAUUUAUUACUCAGCCGCUUCUCUUUCAAGAAUACCUCCUUUCGAUUUUUAAAACUUGAAACGCGCAUACGUUGUAGCUGUAUUUUCAUUAAAAAUCCUCAAAUAAUCAGA